UCGUGGUAUUGAAUGGAACGAUCCUAGGAAAUGCCCCAAACGUUCUCCCGUGGAACGAUCAAGUUCAAGGGAACGAUCUCUGCUGCGAGGUGCCGCCGAACCGAUGGCAAGUACCGACGCGGGGUUCCAGCUCCAGGACGAAGCAGACGCCACUGCCGAGAACGCCGUCAAAGAAAUUCGCCCGUCGCCGCCACGGUGGUCGUAUGUGGUGCUGGCCGUCGCCGUGCUCGCCAUGUCGACGGGCGGGAUCUGGUUUGCGCUGCUGGGGACAUUUGGCACACCACCGCUGAUGAUGGCUUGCUGGCGGUUGACCCUGACUGCGUUCUUGCAGUUGUUUGGUGUUGCAUUCGAACUGCAUGCUGUCAACACUGCUGGGCUCUGGCGGCGCUUUCGCCAGUCGGGGGUGCUCUUGACCUGUUCUGGUGUGGCUUUGGCCAUUCAUUUUGGAAGUUGGGGCUGGAGCGUCUCCCGAACGACUCUCCUGGAUUCACUGUUGCUUGUGAGCUCCGUGCCGCUGCUCCUUGUCUUGAUCCAAACCGUGCGAUGGUUGUUUCGUCGCUGCAUCCGCACGGCUCCCGUGGAAAGCCAUGGGGCGGCGCAUCUGCACCCGGUCACACCAUCUUCUGAUGAUGUACUUCAAGGGCCGUACGUGUCCGUUGCAGGCGAGUCGCCGGCCGACUCCAUGACGGCUUCACAAUCGAUGUCGUGGUUUCAACUCCUUUGUUGCCCAUUGCACCAACUUCCCCCGACAUGGUUGGAGGCGCUGGGGGCGCUCAGUGGAUUUUUGGGCGUGCUUGUGCUAUUACUUCUUACGCCGGUGGCCGUCGAAGCGCCCAACUCCACGGCUGUGGCUACGGUGGCAGGCAACUUGGCGGCUCUACUCGGAGCGGCCGCGAUCAUUCCGUACUUGGAGGUCGGAGCGAGCUGCCGGCAGUUCAUGCCCCUCUUCAUCUAUGCUUUUCCAGUCACGUUGAUUGCAGCAGUGACGUUGGCCGUGGCGUCGCUUGCCUUUGAGCCAACGACACGAGUGACGUCGGUCGGGCCAACCGCGUUGUUUGGGUAUUUUGGCCACGCGGAGCGAGCGGGGUAUGCCCUCAGCGCAGCCGCUGUCUCUGGGAUUGCAGGCCAUACACUCAUGAACUUGGCUGUCAAGUACGUGAGCCCCCUCGUUGUGGGUGUCGCCGUGCUGUGGGAGCCGCUCUUGGGGUCAUUCCUGGGCUAUUUUGCCAACGUCCAAGGCCCUCCGGACGUCAUGUCGUUAGUGGCAACUCCUCUUCUUCUCGGGGGCGCUCUUCUGGUUACCCUUGGUGGUCGAGGUGGCCCGUGGGUCCUUCCCUCCUGUCGCCGAGCUAGUGUAGUGGAGUAAGGAGGUUGCUUUUAUUGACGAGAGCGGUUGGUCAACUAUAAAUACACGGCCGCAGUGUCGUCCUGUUUGGAUUGUGCAGCGCGGGUU